GCCAUCUUCUAAUCACUCUCAUUCAUGGAUUCCUUCCUCCCUUUCUUAAUUUCCUUUAUUCUUAUUGUCAGUACUGUUGCAGCAGUGAGCCAUGGUGAAACAUCAAAAGGGGAGCUCUACUGGAACUCAGUCUUGCCAAACACUCCCAUGCCCAGCGCUAUCAAACUUCUCUCACUUAUUGAUGAUGAGCUGAAAACAAAGAUGACGUCAGUCGACGUCAGCAAAGUUGGGGUCAAUGUGGACACGAGAAAAGGUCACACAGGCGUCAACGUAGACCCAAAAAAUCAUCAUAAGAAACGACAACGAGUUGUAGUAACAGUGCCCAAAUACGGUCCCUUUUUGUACAACUACGCAGCCUCAGACACACAGCUCAAGGAUGACCCAAACGUUGCACUCUUCUUCUUGGAAAAAGACUUACAUCCUGGAACUGAAUUGAAAACCAACUUCAACUUCACAUACAACAACAAAGGCACAACCUUCUUUGUUUCUAGCAAGAAGGCAAACUCCAUCCCAUUCUCAUCAUCCAAGCUAGCACAAAUCCUCACCAGGUUAUCCAUUGAACCUGGUUCAAUGGACACUUAUUUGAUGAAGAAGACUUUGAGAGAAUGUGAAGAGAAAGUAAAGGAGGAGAAGCAGUGUGUUACAUCACUUCAAUCUAUGGUGGAGUUCAGCACUGAGAAGUUGGGAACAAAAAAAGUGAGGGUGGUGUCUACAGAGGUUAAGGAUAAGGAGAAGAGUGGGAAACAAGAGUAUAGGAUUGAUGGAGUAGAGAAGAUGAAAGGGAAGAGGAUGGUGGUUUGCCAUGCACAGCCUUAUGCUUAUGCUGUGUUUUAUUGUCAUGUGAAUGAGAAGGUGAGUGGGUAUAAGGUGAGGAUGGAAGGGAAGGAUAAUGGAGGAGUGGUGGAAGUUGUGGGGUUGUGUCAUAAGGAUACUGAAGGAUGGAAUAAGGAACAUUUGGCUUUUAAGGUGUUGAAGGUGAAGCCUGGGACUGUGCCUGUUUGCCACUUUUUGCCACAGGAUCAUGUUGUUUGGGCAGUCAAGGAGGGACAGGGAUGAGUGUGCAUGUGUUUGUGUGUGUGUGUGUGUUUUAGUUUUGGGUGUUGUGUGAGUAUAUACUAUGAAGUUUUAUUAUAAUAAGGGGCAGUGGAAUAUUGGGAGAGUUAGUGUUGACUGGGUUAGUGGAGAUGUCUGCCUUGAUUAUAUAUAUGUUUGUGUUUGUUUUUCAUGCA